GGGUCCGACCCCGUUUCACUGUCGGACCGUGGGGCUGAUUUUGUCACCCGGAACUCCCGCGUCGUUCUUUCCGCCCUGACUCGAGUGGCUUUUGUGACGUCAUUUCCUGCGCGACGCCGUCUCCGCAGCGGCCAUGGCGCUGAACGGCGGCGCGGACGAGGCCGAGGCGCGGCGGGAGCGGUUGGACCGGGCGAGCCGGGCCAUGGGGGCGCUGCUGCUGCGGGGGUACCGAAUGCUGGGGAGCUGCUGCCCGGAGUGCGGGACGAUUCUGCUGCAGGACAAGGAGCAGCGGCUGCUGUGCGUGAGCUGCCAGGAGCCCGAGGGGGGGAACGCUCCGCGGCCCGAGCGCGGCUCAGCGGCGGCGGCGGCUCCGCGGGGAGCGGCUCCCGCUGCCCCCGGGGCUGACGGGGACGGCUCCGGGGCCGAGUUCCCCGGUUGUCCCGGUUCCGCCGGUGCCGGUGCGGAUUUCCCCGGUUCCGCCGGUGCCGGUGCGGAUUUCCCCGGCUGUCCCGGUUCCCCCGGUGCGGCGGUGGCGGCGGCGCGGGCGGCGCUGCUGCAGAAGCUGCUCUGGGCCUCCCGGGAGCUGCCCCGCACCGGCUCCGUGGACGGCAGCGCGCGGCUCUGCCGCCUCAUGCGGGACUGCGCCCACGCCCUGCGGGGGCUGCGCGACCUGGAGCUGCCCGGGAGCGCCCCCGGGACACCCCCGGGACACACCGAGCCCUCCCGGUGACACCGGGCACCCCCCCGGGACACCCCCGGGACACACUGAGCCUUCCCGGUGACACCGGGCACCCCCCGGACACCCCCCCGGGACACACCGAGCCCUCCCGGUGACACCGGGCACCCCCCCGGGACACCCCCGGGACACACUGAGCCUUCCCGGUGACACCGGGCAACCCCCCGGGACAUUCCGGGCCCCCCCCGGUGACACCGGGCCCCCCCCGGCCCCCCCCGGGACACAGCGAGCCUUCCCGGUAACACCCCGGGAUCCCCCCGGUGACAACUUGAGAUCUCCCGGGACAUCCCGAACCUUCCCGGUGACACCGGGCACCCCCCCGGGACACACCGAACCCUCCUGGUGACACCGGGCACCCCCCGGGACAUCCCAAGCCCCUCCCGGUAACAACCGGGACCCCCCCGGUGACACAUUGGGAUCUCCCGGGACACCCCGAACCCUCCCGGUGACACCGGGCGCCCCCCGGGACGUCCCCGGGACAUCCCGAGCCCCUCCCGGUGACACCCCCGGGCCCCCCCGGUGCCAGCGGUGCCGGGCGGGACGGAGGCUCCGCUGUGAAACGGAGUCGGGUGGUUUAAAGGGUUAAAUCCCGGCUGAAAAUGGGCUAAAAACGGGUUUUUGUGUGAAAAAAUGGGGUGUCAGAGGGAUUUGGGGUGGUGAAAAUGGGGUUUUGUAGGAAAUAAAUCGGUGGAAAGUGGA